AUGGCCGAUGUAAGUGCAGAGUGUAUGGCUGAGUACGACGGCAUUGUCAGCAGGAUGUUUGAUAGCGAGGAAGAGGGUUUUGAGUUCUAUAACAAGUAUGCUCUUGAGAAAGGCUUUAGUGUGAGGAAAGGAUAUGUUGAGUGGGAUGAAGCGAACGAGAAGAUAAUUCUGAGGAAACUUGUCUGUAGUCGUGAAGGUUGCCGUGAAGAGAAACACAUGAAGAGGAAGAGAGAAGAUAGGAAGAGGAAGCCACGGAAUAUCACUCGUGUGGGGUGUAAAGCGAAAUUUGUCAUUGCAAGAGUCGUGAAAACAGGGCGGUGGUUUGUGAAAGAUUUCAUCGAUGAACACAACCAUCCUUUGGCCCCACGAGACCUUUCUUGCUUUCUGCGUUCCCACAGAAGAAUCAGCGACGAGAAGAAAGCGGACAUUAUAGAGAUGGAAAGUGUUGGAAUCAAGAAACACAAAAUCAUGGAUGUGUUGUGCAUGCAGUACGGUGGAUAUGACCAUGUUGGAUGCACGACGGGGGACAUCUAUAACUUCUGCCAUCGCUACAAGCAGGAAACGGUCGCUGCCGGUGAUGCUCAGACGGUGAUCCGUCACAUGAUGGCGCGGCAAGAGAGAGACCCAGAUUAUUUCUUCAAAUACUUGGUUGAUAAAGCUGGGCAUCUGAAGGGAUUGUUCUGCGCAUAUAGGACCAAUAAGUACAAUCUUCCGUUUGUGCCGUUUGUCGGGUUGAAUCACCACCGCAUCACUGUUAUCUUUGGAUGCGGGAUCAUUUUUCAUGAAACUAACGAGGCGUACGAGUGGAUGUUGCGGACAUUUUCUGAAGCCAUGUCGCAGAAGCAUCCGAUAUCUGUAAUCACCGACGGGGACCUUGCAAUGCAGAGAGCGAUCAGGGUGGUGUGGCCUGACUCAUACCACAGGCUAUGUGUAUGGCACAUUCAGCAGAACAUUGUACGCCAUCUGCAUGACGAUGAGGUUAGGGAAGAAUUCAGAUCUUUCAUAUAUGACUCGUCUUCUAUUGAAGAGCACGAGAGAAAAUGGAUAGAGUUCUUAUGA